ACUUUACCGUUGACUUUGAACUUGUACGAAUUCGGUUACGCUCAGUAACCACGCUUGUACUCCUAUGGCACGAUCUCGGUAUUCUUUCGAUACCACGAGAUUGCCAACAAAUACAUCUCGACUACAGCCAUCAUCUGUCUUCUGAUAUUGGCCUACGGGGAUCUUAUUGGUUAAUUGGCACGUAGUCUUGUAGCGGUGUUCAUAGUCAAGCUCAACUCGACACCACGCUACAAUUGGUGAGCCAAAUCUGGGAACACGUCCUAACCUCGGUCAAAUGUUCCAAAGAAGGCAAUUCGGUGAGUCUAUUGUUUAUCUAUCCACGUCUGUCGUAUACUUUCAUAUUAAUUUUUAAUAUAUAAUAUACUCGACAUGACGAUAACGAUAAGAAUAGUAUUAAUAUAAUAGACUCCGAUGUACGCGUACCGAAUCCUUGGCACUUUUUAUUCGCGUGACGAUAAAUUCCACGCCUUAUUCGAGAAAUUCCCCAGAAUAACUGAACCAUUCGAGGAGAUUUCAUCGGUGACCAAUCGUGUGGUACACCACAUAGUCACCCGCGGACCACCCGUCACAGCAAGAACACGCCGACUGGCACCGGACAAAUUAGCUUUCGCUAAACGUGAGUUUGACAAUUUACUAUCUGCUGGUAUUAUUCGUCCUUCUCACAGUCCUUGGGCAUCCCCUUUACACAUGGUGCGCAAAAAGGAUGGGGUUAGUUGGAUACCAUGCGGUGACUAACGAGCUUUAAGCGUAGUUACGCGCUUUGAUAGUUACCCCAUCCCCCACAUACACGGCAUCACGGCAUCGCUCAAGGGCACGACUAUCUUUUCUAAAAUCGAUCUGGUACGAGCAUAUCACCAGAUCCCAGUCGCUCCUGAAGACAUCGAAAAAACUGCUAUCACGACUCUUUUCGGUCUGUUUGAGUUCCUACGAAUGCCAUUUGGAUUACGGAAUGCUGCUCAGACUUUCCAAAGUUUUAUCGAUAGCAUAGUACGAGACUUGGAUUUUGUUCACGUCUAUAUUGAUGACCUGCUGAUCGCAUCAUCAAACGUAGAUGAACAUUAUCAACACCUGCCUUGCGAGGACAAAGUUCGAGCAAUCAAGGAGUACGACGUGCCGUCCUCAAUCAAGGAACUGAAGGCUUUUCUCGGUUUGGUUAACUUCUACCGACGUUUUGUCCUUCACGUUGCAGAACGGUUACGACCAUUAACCGAUUUACUACGCGGUAAUCCACGCAAAUUAGAAUUGAACGAUACCGCACGUACUGCAUUCUCAGAGAUCAAAACGGCUCUCGCUGAAGUUACACUUUUCGCUCAUCCUGACCCAUCAGCCACGCUUAGUAUAGCGGUUGAUGCAUCAGAUUUCGCUAUAGGAGCCGUCAUGCAACAGAGUAUCUCCGGUAGUUGGCAACCGCUUGAAUUUUACUCACGACGCCUUACUCCCACGGAGAUGAGAUAUAGCGCUUUUGGUCGCGAACUGCUUGCAGCCUACUGCGCCAUCAAACAUUUCCGGCACGCAGUAGAAGGACGCCAAUUCAUUUUAUUCACCGACCAUAAGCCCUUAACGUAUGCCCUACAUACCAAGUCUGACCGCUACUCACCACGAGAGUGCAGACAUUUGGACUAUAUCUCCCAGUUCACGACAGACCUUCGUCACAUUAAAGGCGAGUCGAACUAUGUUGCCGAUGCUCUUUCACGUAUCCAGACGAAUGCAGUUACUUUAACGGUGCUCGAUCUUCCUGCUAUGGCCGCCGAACAAGCAAACGAUCCUGUCUGUACAGAAGCACCACAAUCUUCGUCCCUUCAGUGUCAGGAAGUACCCCUAGCUACUAGCUCAGGUACUAUCCUAUGUGAUACGUCUACCGGUCUUCCUCGACCCAUCGUACCCUCUACCUAUCGCCGUCUCGUCUUCGAUGCCCUUCAUGGAUUGUCUUAUCCAGGUAUCGCAGCCACCUUACGUCUCAUUGCUGCACGAUACGUCUGGCCGUCCAUGAAUAAAGAUGUUCGUAUGUGGGUAAAGCAAUGCUUACAGUGUCAACGAUCAAAAGUGCACAGGCACGUAGCUGCCCCCAUUGGCACGUUCGCUACGCCUGAUGCUCGCUUUGAUCACGUUCAUAUAGACAUUAUAGGAACAUUGCCACCAUCGCAUGGGUAUGAUCACAUACUCAUGUGCAUUGACCGUUUUACAAGAUGGCCCGAAGCUAUUCCCAUCACGUCUAUCACGGCGGAGACAGUUGCUCACCGCUUCGUAGAACGAUGGAUAGCAUUGUACGGUUGUCCCUCGACUGUCACGACUGACCGAGGACAACAAUUCGAGUCCGCAUUAUUCUCCUCACUGACCCGGCUGCUUGAUACGGAACGCAUACGCACUACCGCCUACCAUCCAGCAUCGAAUGGUUUAGUCGAACGGUUUCAUCGCCAACUUAAAAGUGCUCUUCAAGCACACGAAAACGACAAUUAUUACGAAACCUUACCGCUCGUUCUCUUAGGCAUCAGAACGAGUUUGAAGGCAGAUAUUCAAUGUUCCGCCGCUGAACUUGUAUACGGCACGACAUUGCGUCUGCCUGGGGAAUUCUUCACACCACGGAGCAGUAAUGAUUUCGGUAAAUCAGACUACGUCCAUCGACUGUCUGCAAUUAUGCGAACGCUGUCUCCGGUGUCAACUCGAAUACAACAUCGACAGGUCGCUCUCCCUCGAGAGUUAUCUACCUGUUCACAUGUUUUCAUACGAGUAGAUUCAGUACGCAAACCUUUGCGACAGCCUUACGAAGGCCCUUUUCACGUGAUCUCUCGUCACGAAAAGACCUUCAAGGUUGAUCGACAUGGCCGCGUCGAGAUCGUCAGCAUUGAUCGUCUCAAACCAGCACACGUCGAUGACAGUGCCCUACCCGAUAACUUGAGACUCAAUGCUAGACCUAUCGAACCUACUAGCGGGAUCUCUACAUCUACCUCGGAUCCCACGCUAGAUACAUCAGAGACCUCGUUCUCACGUCCCGGUCAACAGCACGCGUCAUCUGCACCAUCUACGGACGAGACUUCCGUCUCACGUCCAGAUCGGCAGACCACGCCGCCCUUGACCUCGGAUGAGAUCGCAGGCUCACGAAGUACGAACGAGACCACCGUCUCACGUUCCGGUCGCCGAGUACGAUUACCCGUACGCUUUCGCGACUAAACGCACAGUCAAUAACGGAUACGGUGUAGGAUUACUCCCAUAAUACACGCAUGCUACACUUUUCUUUUUUUGAUUUUUUGGUAUCCUGAGCCCACGCCUCCGACCAUCGCCCGUUUGGUAACGUCGACUUCAGUCAACUUUGGCGAAAGCUGGUUUGGCCACCCACGCUCUAGUCAACGCACUCAGUCGAUUAUCUGGUCUCGAAUUCGCCUGGCAUACGCUUGGUCGUUAUGGUCGCUUCUGAUUUCUUGGCUCAACGUGGUUUCGUCCUACGUCUGCAGUGUUUUCUGGUUCACAUCCCUACGAACGCAAUCAUCAGAUCCUGGAUACAAACGACUCUGGUGUGGUAUGCUAACUCGGCCAACAAAUACAGCACACUUCUCCUGGUACCGUUCUGCGCAAAAGACUUUCGUUGGCAACUCGAGGAUCAACAAUCACUUCCUGUUCCGCCGAUUUGCUCCGUCCUACAACCGCACUUCUCCGAUCAGUCCCACGAAUCAAACCGCUAACUAUCGAAAGUGUAAACCCUUUCGGUAGGACUCUAAUUUAUGGACGAGCCAAUCAGAGGCGUUUGAGGAAGUUCAAGGUCACGGCGCUAAGUUCGAGUCGAGAAGCGUUGCCACAUUCGAUCGUUUUACAGCAGAUUUCAGCGAAGAGGUGAUUGUUGAGCGACUAUAACAGAUGGGACUAUUAAGAAGUUCCUGUGUCUGUGACUGCGGCAAUCAAAUGACUGCAGCACGAUGUGCAGACUACCGUGAUGACAUUGUAUUUCGUUGUACUACAUGUUGGAGAAAAAUAUCUGCUCGAACUGGCACUUUCUUUGCGCGAUCACCAGUACAUGAAUCGUUUGGGGGAGUUGGAAAGAUAGUGGAAAUAGAUGAGACGGUAAUUAGAAAGCGAAAAUGCAACAAAGGACGAUUUAUCAAGGAAGAUAGGGUAAGUAACACUUCCGUGAAUAUACGUGAUUUUGUCGAUCCAAUGACGGGGGUUCAUACAAAAAAUAUUGAAGGCAUGUGGUCUAGGCUGAAGUAUUUUUUAAGACCCUACCACGGUUCCAGAUAACGGUUAUUAUGGAGCCAUAUGGACGAGUUCCUAUACCGCAUGCAUUAUGAUUUCAGAACUUCUGAACCUUUAUCAAACCUUAACAAGUUCCUAAAUCAUGUGGAAGAAGAAUAUCCAUUGUAAUUCAUCAGUUUUUCAUAAUAUAUUUUUACUUUA